AUGAGGAAGAAUAGCGAUGGCCAGAUUCGCGAGCGAGAGUGGGUGUGCUCUAGGGAAGGGUCUAGGUUAGAGGCAAAUUUAAAUAGGCAGGAUAAAAAAACGGAACCGAAGAAAAUUACCAGAGUCCAUUGUAAGGUUGCAUUCCGGGUUAAUCUGAUUAAGUGUAGUGGUAAAUGGAGUUGCAAGGAGUUCUUAACAGAACACUCACAUCCGGUCACCAUCAAUGACCACAAGCAGUUUCUACGGUCCAACAGGUUUGUGUCACCUGGUGAUCUUCAGCAGGCAAAGUCAAUGAAGGAUGCACGUGUUAGAACAUGCCACAUAAUGUUGUACAUGGCCGACAAGGUGGGGGGUUAUCAUAAAUUGUCGUUCACGGUGAAAGACCUGUACAAUCGUAUGUCUGCUGCAACAAAUGUGCAGUUUGCAGGAUCGGACGCGGGUCGUGCUGUCGGGUAUCUAGAGCAUAAAGAUGAUCACGACCCGAGAUUUUAUGGAAUAUUCUCGUACGACAACAAAAGACGACUUUUAAACUUGUUUUGGGCGGAUGGGAAGUCAAGAUUGGACUAUGAGAUGUAUGGACAUGCAAUCGCAUUUGACUCAACAUAUAAGACCAAUAGUUAUGGCAAACCGUUACUUGUAUGGGUGGGAGUCAACAACCAUUUCAGGACUACCAUACUAGGCCAUGCAAUUCUCGCAAACGAGUCUGCAAGCAGCUACAUGUGGGCGACACGAGCCUUUUUAGAAUGUAUGGAUGAGGCUCAACCCAAAACAGUUGUCACCGAUGACGAUGAGGCGAUUGCAAUAGCAAUAGAGGCUUUGAUCCCAAAUGCAACCCACCGCCUUUGUUAUUGGCAUAUGCACAACAAAGCUGUUAAGAAGGUGAAAGACCCAAGUUUCAGCGAAAGCCUAACAAAGCUGGUGUUCAAGUAUUAUGAUGUUGACGAGUUUGAGGAGAAAUUCAGUGAAGUUAUGAUACAGUAUGGGUUGCAAGGAAAGAAGUAUGGUACUAAAUUGUACAAUACAAGACAUAAAUGGGCAGAGACCUACUUGAGAGGGAACUUUUUCUGUGGCAUGUCAACCACCUAA